AUGGAAAAGUCGCAACGCCACCUCAUCAUGGCGGGCGUUCCCGUUGAGAAGGAGCGGGGUGAGGGCGCCGUCAGCGCCAAGUCGAGUCGCGGAUCCUUCUCCUUUGAGGGUGGUGAGUCGAUGGUCGAGAGUCAACGUGCGAGGCUCAAGCAGACCUCGUCGGCGGAUGGCGGUGUUCCGAGGCGCAGCGUCAACGUGGAGGUCCUCAAGACCACACUGGCGGGCGGGUUCGCGGGUAUGCUGGCUGGCGGAGGCAUCAUGCUGGGAGCGCUGCGGCUCUCUCCGGUGGCCCGCGCCUCCAGAGGCGCCAGGCUGGCCAUCGCCACCGUCUCGCUCUGUGUGCCGGCGCUGGCCUUUGCCCACACAGCAACUACACGAAAGUUCGGGAGUCCGCCGCCAAGGUGGGCAGUACCCGCCGGCGCACGGGUCCAGGCGGUUCAGAACCCACCGACGCCGUGCGAGUGA